AUUUCCCCCGUUUUUUUAUUCUUCGUUGUUUGUCGUGUGGCAUCGUUUAAAGCUUGCAGAAAUGGACGAACAGGCGACGCUAUAUGGUUCUAGAUCGCAAGGGUCUAAAACUUUGUGCUGGUACUGGAAGAGGGUUGCCGUUUUCUGUGUGGUACCUGUGGUGCUAACUGUCGUUUCAGUGGCCGUUGCUGUUACGACGAUUCUACAUAACUACGACAAAUCUCGUAAAAUCUCAGAACUCACUCCCAAUUCAACCAUUCUGCUUCCCUUCAAUGGAGGACGAGUUGAUCAGGUGACCAUGGAGUCAUGGAAUAUUGACUACAACGCAUUCCUAGCACUCUACACGUUUCCGCGGAAACCAAAGUUAACUAUUUAUCAGAAGUUCUCUGCUAAGGAAGACGAUACAUUUUUGUUUGAUGGUCAGUUUCUGCCUGUAAAGUUUUACCUCAACAAAGGAUCUCGUAUGAACGUUUCAUUCUGUAGUAAUGGCAGAGUGAGACUGUUAGUUAUUCAGUACGACGGCUACAUCAGUGACCUGCAUGAUGCAACUGUCAGAAAGAAUGUGAAAUUUGCUAAGACGUUUGAUGGACAGGCAGAUGACGACAAUUGUACCUCACCAUCCAAAAUUAGCUUUCUAUGUGAAACGUCCCAUGCAUACCAGUUUGUAUUUUUGCCUUGGGAUAAUUCCAGGAGGGAAGUUGUGCCACAUCGACUUACACAUAUUGAUUUCAAUGGGAAUCUUACACAAUAUAAUAUCUCCACUGGAGCAAAUGAUCACUGCCACAUGUCUUCUAGUAGAACAAGUUGUUCUGUUGAUUUGUAUAGGGAAGCGAGUACUGUGGUUGUAGCUGUUGUGGGAAACAUUGAUACUGAUGUUGGUCAUGGUCACAUUGUCACAGGAAUGACAAUCAAGAGCAGUGUGAGGGAGGACUUUAUUGCUGUAAUUAUUGGUGGUGUAAUUGGAUGUGGAGUGACGUUGUCAUUGGCAAUUCUGUUAGUUGGAUAUGUAUGGAAGUCAACAUUCAUAAAGAAGUAGAAAUGCACCCUGCAUGUCAUGACUUUGUCAGACAUAUGAUUUAUAUAGGUCUAAGCAUGAGGUGUCAUAAAUGCAUUGAUUGUAGAUUUCUGAUUAGGCUUGUGCUUUGUUUAAUUACAA